AUGGAUAUGAAGCUGAAGCUAUGGUCGUGGGCUGGUGGUUUCUCAGCGGAGACGGGGCUGUUUGUUUUUUUGGAGAUGGCAGCGGCUGUGUGGGUGGUCGGCGGCGUGAGAGAUCCAACGAUGGGGGUGGACUGGCGGCUGCUAGUGGUUUUUAUGGUGUCUAGGGUUUUUGUUGUAGUCUCAGUAGUGAACAAGGAAGAAAUCGAAGAAAUCGCUCGUGGACUAGAGCUUAGUAAUGUUAAUUUCAUAUGGGUUGUUAAUUUUUCAUUUGAUGAGAAGAUUAGUGGUAGCGAUAAGAUUCUGCCAGAAGGAUACAUCGAACGUGUGAAAGAGCGGGGCAUGAUUGUGGCCAAAUGGGCACCUCAAGCAAAGAUACUAAGGCAUUCUAAUAUUGGUGGAUUUCUAAAUCAUUGUGGAUCAAAUUCUAUAUUAGAAAGUUUAUAUUUUGGGGUGCCUUUAAUUGCUAUGCCAGUGCUUGUUGAUCAAUUUAUAGCUGCAAGAUAUAUGGUGGAGCUUGGUGUUGGUUUGGAAGUAAAGAGAGAGGAAAAUGGAAAAGUGAAAGCUGAGGAGAUAGCAAAAGCUAUAAAGAAUUUAAUGGUGGAGAAAAAAGGGGAAGAGUUAAGAGAUAGAUGAAGCUGUGGUGGAGCUUCAAAUGCUUUGUUUGAAUAAUUCUUAAUUGAAAAUAAUUUUGUGGGUAAUGUUUUUUGGCAACUUUCUU